AUGGAUUCGUCGUCGUCCGAUGACGAUGGUGAAUUCAUUGUUGCUGCAGCCAACCUAGCACGCAAGCAAUAUCAAGUUGUCAAUGCGCCACGGCCUGGUGGUUCGGUCCCUGGUCAUCAAAUCAUCAAUCGCGACAGACAAGAAGGGCAUUGGAGGCUAUUCCGAGACUAUUUCUCGGACGAUUCUACCUACGGCCCGACGUUCUUUAGGCGCAGGUUUAGAAUGAGGCGAUCUCUCUUUUUGCGCAUAAUGCAUGCUGUAGAGCAUCAUGAUGACUAUUUUGUCCAAAGGAGAAAUGCAGCUGGACAACUUGGGUUAAGUGCUUUACAGAAGAUUGCUGCAGCAUUCAUAAUGCUAUCUUAUGGAGUUCCGGCGGAUGCUAUUGAUGCCCAGGUUCGUAUUGCAGAAAGUACCAUUAUAGAGAGUCUGAGAAGGUUUGUCAAAGCUGUUAUUGAUGUAUUUGGGGAUGAGUAUUUGAGAGCACCAAAUGAGAAUGAUACUGCUAGACUACUUGCAAUAGGGGAGGAAAGAGGUUUUCCGGGUAUGUAUACCGGCCAUGUGCGUGAGCCCACAAUCAUUCUAGAAGCCGUUGCUUCAAAAGAUCUAUGGAUUUGGCAUGCUUUUUUUGGUUUACCUGGAUCUCACAAUGAUAUCAAUGUGCUUCAACGUUCCCCACUCUUUGCGAAGUUAGCAGAAGGGCAAGCUCCAAAGGUGAACUACACCAUUAAUGGUCACAAUUAUACAAUGGGAUAUUAUCUUGCUGACGGUAUCCCUCCAUGGGCCACCUUUGUGAAGACCAUUCAGAAGCCACAAGGCAAUAAGAGAAAAUAUUUUGCCAAAGCACAAGAAGCAGUUAGGAAGGAUGUGGAAAGAGCUUUUGGAGUUCUGCAAUCUCGUUUCGCCAUUGUACGUGGUCCUGCUCGUUUUUGGGACCAGGAUAUACUUGGCCAAAUAAUGACCGCUUGUGUUAUCAUGCACAACAUGAUCAUUGAAGAUGAGCGAGGUGAAACACAAGACUUACAAUUUGAUGGCUUAGGAGAAACUGUGACACCAUCCCAUAAACGCACACCAGAACUACAUGAGUUCAUUCAAACUUAUCAUGACAUCACAGACAAGGAAACUCACUCUCAGCUUCAAGCAGAUCUAAUCGAGCACCUCUGGCAACGUCAUGGAGAUCAGUACUAA